AUGGGUACCCCUGAUGUUAGAAUUGAUAUUCGUCUGAACAAGCACAUCUGGUCACAGGGCAUUAGACAUGUUCCUUACAGGUUACGUGUUCGUCUUGCACGCAUGCGCAAUGAAGAUGAGGACUCAACUCACAGACUUCGCCAUCCCCCACACCCUGUCCCCCAAACCUCAGCCCCAAACACAAGCCCCAAUACCCCUGCCUACAUCCUCAGUCCCCUACCCCUACAUCCUACACCGGUCCCCUUUCCCCUGCUCCGUUCCCUACCCCAGACGCCAGUCCCCUGUCCUCAGUCCCCUGCCAGCAUUCCCCAAUCCUUUAUCUCCAGUCCCCUGCCUCCAGCCACCAGACCCCAGUCCCCUUCACCCAUUUCCCUGUCAUCUGUCCCCUGUCCCCAGUCCCCCUGUCAUCUGUCAUCUGAAGCCAGCAUUCCCCAAUCCCCUGCCCCUAGUCUGCUGCUACCAUUCCCCUGCCCCUGCCCCAGUCCCCCGCCCCCAGUCCCCCGCCUCCAGUCCCCCGCCCCCAGUCCCCCGCCCCCAGUCCCCCGCCCCCAGUCCCCCGCCCCGUCCCCUGCAUCCAGUCCCAUGCCUCCAGUCCCCCGCCCCCAGUCCCCCGCCCCCAGUCCCCCGCCCCCAGUCCCCCGCCCCCAGUCCCCCACCCCCCAGUCCCCAGUCCCCCGCCCCCAGUCCCCCGCCCCUAGUCCCCUGCCCCUAGUCCCCCGCCCCCAGUCUCCCACCCCCAGUCCCCAGUCCCCCGCCCCCAGUCCCCCGCCCCCAGUCCCCCGCCCCCAGUCCCCCGCCCCCAGUCCCCCACCCCCAGUCCCCCGCCCCCAGUCCCCCCACCCCCAGUCCCCAGUCCCCCGCCCCCAGUCCCCCGCCCCUAGUCCCCUGCCCCUAGUCCCCCCGCCCCCAGUCUCCCACCCCCAGUCCCCAGUCCCCCGCCCCCAGUCCCCCGCCCUCAGUCCCCCACCCCCAGUCCCCAGCCCCCAGUCCCCCGCCCCUAGUCCCCUGCCCCUAGUCCCCUGCCCCCAGUCCCCCGCCCCCAUCCCCCGCCCCCAGUCCCCCGCCCCCAGUCCCCCGCCCCCAGUCCCCCGCCCUCAGUCCCCCACCCCCAGUCCCCCGCCCCCAGUCCCCAGUCCCCUGCCUCCAGUCCCCCGCCCCCAGUCCCCCGCCCCCAGUCCCCAGUCCCCCACCCCCAGUCCCCUGCCCCUAGUCCCCCGCCCCCAGUCUCCCACCCCCAGUCCCCAGUCCCCCGCCCCCAGUCCCCUGCCCCCAGUCCCCCGCCCCCAGUCCCCCGCCCCCAGUCCCCCGCCCCCAGUCCCCCGCCCUCAGUCCCCCACCCCCAGUCCCCCGCCCCCAGUCCCCAGUCCCCUGCCUCCAGUCCCCCGCCCCCAGUCCCCUGCCCCCAGUCCCCCGCCCCCAGUCCCCCGCCCCCAGUCCCCCGCCCUCAGUCCCCCACCCCCAGUCCCCCGCCCCCAGUCCCCAGUCCCCUGCCUCCAGUCCCCCGCCCCCAGUCCCCCGCCCCCAGUCCCCCGCCCCCAGUCCCCCACCCCCAGUCCCCUGCCCCAGUCCCCCACCCCCAGUCCCCUGCCCCAGUCCCCCGCCCCAGUCCCCCGCCCUCAGUCCCCCACCCCCAGUCCCCCGCCCCCAGUCCCCAGUCCCCUGCCUCCAGUCCCCCGCCCCCAGUCCCCAGUCCCCCGCCUCCAGCCCCCCCCCCCCCGUCCCCCAGACCCCCGCCCCCAAUCCGGUGCAUGCAAGUGUUAA